GAAAAAGUUUGUUUUUUUACAUCCUCUUUUUUUUUUAUUUAUAUCAUACUAUGGGAAAGACACAAGACGAGUCUAUGAGCAAUCCUUUUAUUCCAAAGGAGUCAGAACUCCAUGCUCUAACCAGACAGGAAGAAGAAAACUGUUACAAGGAAAUGAAAGCAAAUGCUUUAGAAGCUUGUCAAUUGCCUAUCAAAGACUUUGUUACUUGUAGUAAAGAACAUAAUGUGACAGUGAUGUGGACUUGUCGAGAUAAAUUGAAAGCCAUGAACAACUGUUUAAAUGAAAGGUACCGAGAUAUAGACAGAACAAUAGCCACUUACAAAACAAUAGAACAACACAACAAGAAUUAGAUAAGCUUUUAUUAGCCAAAUUAGCCAAGAAAAGAGGAG